CUCAUUUAUUUGCUCUUUUUGUUUCUCAGACAAAUGACGAACUCCAGUUAUAUUGUUUUUCUCUUGUCCUGAGGUUGGGGUUUGGGGUUUUUUUGUUGUUCUUUUGUUUUCCUGCAUUUUCUCGCCAACCUAGGGGGAAAUUAGAGGUUUGCGUCGCUGGUUCUGGUUGGUUUUCUAGAGAUCUAGCUGGAUGUGUUCCUUUUGGCUCUUGUUCUUCCUGAUUUGAAGCUUUUAUGGAAAUCUCUGCCCCUGUUGUUGAUGGGAAUGAUCCUGUCACAGGUCACAUCAUUUCCACCACAAUUGGAGGGAAAAAUGGGGAGCCCAAACAGACCAUCAGUUACAUGGCAGAGCGUGUUGUGGGUACCGGGUCAUUUGGAAUUGUUUUUCAGGCAAAAUGCUUGGAAACUGGAGAGACUGUGGCCAUAAAGAAGGUUUUGCAGGACAGAAGAUAUAAGAAUCGUGAGCUGCAGUUAAUGCGCACGAUGGAUCAUCCAAAUGUCAUUUCCCUAAAACAUUGUUUCUUUUCUACUACAAGUAGAGAUGAACUUUUCCUCAACUUGGUAAUGGAAUAUGUCCCUGAGACUAUGUAUCGGGUCUUGAAGCACUACAGCAAUGCAAAACAGCGAAUGCCUCUUAUAUAUGUGAAACUUUACACUUACCAAAUUUUCAGGGGCCUGGCAUAUAUCCACAGUGUUCCUGGAGUUUGCCAUAGGGAUUUGAAGCCUCAAAAUCUUCUAGUUGAUCCACUUACUCACCAAGUUAAGCUUUGUGACUUUGGAAGUGCAAAAGUGCUAGUUAAAGGUGAAGCGAACAUAUCAUACAUAUGUUCUCGUUUCUACCGAGCACCUGAACUCAUAUUUGGGGCCACAGAGUAUACAACCUCAAUUGAUAUAUGGUCAGCUGGUUGUGUCCUAGCUGAGCUUCUUCUAGGCCAGCCAUUGUUUCCUGGAGAGAAUGCAGUGGACCAGCUAGUUGAGAUUAUCAAGGUUCUUGGUACACCAACGCGGGAAGAAAUUCGCUGUAUGAAUCCGAGUUAUACUGAUUUUAGGUUUCCACAGAUAAAAGCACACCCUUGGCACAAGGUCUUUCACAAACGAAUGCCUCCUGAAGCAAUCGAUCUUGCUUCUCGACUUCUGCAAUACUCACCAAGUCUUCGCUGCACAGCUCUAGAAGCAUGUGCACAUCCUUUCUUUGAUGAGCUCCGAGAACCCAAUGCCCGCCUGCCAAAUGGUCGUCCAUUACCACCUCUCUUCAAUUUUAAGCAGGAAUUAUCUGGGGCUUCUCCUGAGCUUGUUAAUAAGUUGAUACCGGAGCAUGUGAGGAGGCAAAUAGGCCUAAGUUUUUUCCACCCAGCAGGCACAUAAAUUUAUUUGUGAUGUUGAAUUGAUUUCUGCUAAUUGAUGAAUGAGCCACCAAGGGAUGUGCCAUCUGUGUUCUAAAUCCCCCAUGCAGUGAGGCCUGACCAGCAGCAUUUCUUGCUCUACAAGAAUUACGUAAAGACUCCAGUGGGUGGAUGGCUGCAACUUAUUGACUUGGAUGCUUCUCUUUUAUGAUGUCUUUCCUCCCUUAUCCCCCAAAUGCUUUUUCUUACCUGUAUAUGUUUGAUAGUAUAUAUAGUUUGAGUUUGAACUGAUCAAAAGCUGUUAGCAGAAUGAAAAGAUGAGGUGAAUUGUAUAAUGCCUACGAGAGGAGGGCUCUGAAAGGAAAUGGCCGUUGCAAAGGGGUAGUGAGUUUCUUGUUGGGUUUGUUUACUUCCUUGUUUCUACUUUUAUCUUCAUGGUUGUUUUGGUACAAACCGAAUUGUAUUAAAGAUAAGUGGUUUCAAUUUGUGGAGAGACCAGCCUCCUAGCUUAAUUUUAAAGAAUUGAUGAUUGUGUUCC